AUAUUCGCGGCAUGUCUUCGUAUUCGCGAUACGGAUAAACCGUCCCCUGCUCCAAGCAGCCAAGUACCUGUAGUUGUACUGAGUCGUUGGGUAGCAGCAAUAUCGCCCACGCCUAACUCGUUUCUUGUUGGUUUCGCAUCGCGUCCAGCAUCACCCGUCCAGAAAGGCGUGCCAAGUGCGUCGUCCACGCAGAAAUACGGGGGUCCGGAGCUCUUUGCACGCGUGGGAAAUUAAACCCAAUGUCCACCCGACGGCCGGAGGGUCUUGGUGGACGAACUGGCCACUGGAAGUCGAUGUGUUUUUGGUGUAGAAGACCGCGGCAGCGCCCAACUACCGCCCAAUGCAGCUAGGCCACGUUUGCGGGAUCCUGAAAUUAUAAGCAAACGCCAACAUCUUGGACAGGUGGCGCCGUGGCUCCACGCCCAUGUUUGCUGCCCUCGGCAAGGCGACAGGUCCUCAUCAGGCAGCCCGGCUCAGGAUCGCCUCGUCCUCCAUGCCCGGUGCUCUGUGCUUCCCGCGCUCCGGACUCGCUACGCAUAUGCAUUGGCGUGCUUUGCAUGCACGAGAAGGGCCCUGUCCCGAUCUCUCUCUCCACCCAGCAGAAUCUGACAAUUGGUCGGCUGCAGGUGAGGCGUCAUCAGGAGACGAGGACGCCCAGGCACAGGGUGGGCGGAUGGACAGAUGGGGAGUAGCCCUCCAGCCAAUUUCAUGCACAGCACCGCGGCGAGAUUAGGAUGAGGAUCGUGAGUCGGGAAGCGACUCCACCUCCAAUAACAACAGAUCAUGGGUUAGCG